AUUUGCUCUUUAGGGAGCCGUCAACCGACUCGGCACACCUCUAGCUGGAUCCUCUACAGCUCUGCUCUAUCUUCCAUCAUCCGACCCUCUAGCGACCAGGGCAGCCCUGCACUCAAACCCCAAGUCCUCUUUUCGUGAUCGACAUUCCAACAGAGCAAGCAUCCUUUGUUUCUAAAUCUCUCCAACUUCGCCUCGCCUUCGCAUCACUCCGCCUACUUUUUAAAAGAGCAACGGCGAUCGCCCUCAUCUCGUUUCCCCCCCGGAGCUCGGUCUUUCAGGCCUCGACGAUACCUGGGACUUUCUACGAUCAACACCUCGGGUGUCCUUUUACUCCUCGCCAUUCGCCCGUGCAUAGAACCCUACAACUACAGAUCUUGAACACCGCUCUCGACCCUUGCGAAUAACCGCGACACGGCUCGAGUAUAGAUAUUGCUGCCCAACGGAACUCAAUUUGGCACCGCAGAAAUCGGUGUCCGCGCGAGACAUUCUAGACCGCUGGGCCCUGUUCUGGGACAGAUGACGACCUCCUAGCUCUAGGACUUUUCACCGUUCACAAAACAUCAAACCACCUUCUCAUCCACCUCGCAAUCAAUUUGCAACUCAACUUCCUCGACCUGGAUCAAAUUGCGUUUUGCGAUCCUGGAUUGACUUGAUUGUUUGGGUGGGCCGUUGUGUGUUUGCUUCGCUUUCGUCUCGGACCGCCAUCACCUCUGGGACACCAAUCGACGACUCGCCAAAAUUCGUUGAAUCGCCAUCGCGCUUGAGGUCGGCUACCUAUCAUCACCUGUUCGAGUGCGCUGCGUCCCUGCGGGUUUGCUGUCAAGGAGACACCUUCGUUGCGACGACAGGAAAAGCAAACCCCGCCAUUUGCGCCAUUUGGCAUUUCCAUUCUUCCCACCAACCAACGUCCUCUGUUGAUUGCUACUGUUGGCAAUUGAACCUUUCUGCAGCCUGCCUGCAUCAACGGUCGUGAGGUGCAACAACAGGAAUCUCAUGCAGCCUGGCGCAAACGUAGUCUAACGCUUUGCCAUGAGCCCUUCGUGUUGAACUCGCAUCCCACAGUUGUUGUGCAUUGGGUCAUGCCGCCUUUGUUGUACCACCUUCCAUUGGGUAUAGAGACGUGGGAGGUACAGGUUCUCUCGCUGGACAGAGGAUCAGAGGUUGAGAAUGGAUGAUAUCGGUGACGUGGAUGCAAAGCACGAACGAUCCAAUCCGUAUCCCCCGUCACUACCACCACCACCAGGCGCCAUCCACCGUAUGCCGCCAUCCGAGACCCCAGCGUUACACAGCUAUCACCAACCUCAAGGCGUAACUAUGCCACCACCAGCCCCAGCCUGGAAUCCGGCUCCGUCGCCAUACACGAAUAGUGAGCCCUCGGAACAUCGACCGCCACCGCCAGAUCUUGGCCAUCAACAACAGUAUCCGCCUCCAAGUCAAUCAUAUCCUCCUCCUCCUCCUCCUCCACCACCACCACCGCCACCGCCGCCAGGAAGAGAGACUCCAGGCUAUCCCCCGGAAUCAGGAUACGGACGACCAGGAAGUGUGUCGGGCCCUUCAAGAUCUCCCGCCGAACUUCAACGUCCUCCAUAUCAUCCUGGGAGUACUCCCCACGAGCCUCCAUAUUACCAGCCUCCUCCAGACUACCGACCACCCCAUCAUGCCUAUUCUGGCCCUGAGAACCAGCCAAACGGAACUCAUCAGCCCCUUCACGUGGUAACAGGCCAUGACAUGAUGCCCAGCCAACCUCCUGGACCACCUGGGCCUUAUGGGCCACCUUCAGCGGGACCUCCGCCAUCCGCUGGGCCUUAUGUGCCGCCUCCGUACUACGACCCAAGUUUCCCGCAGAGAAGGAAACCUGUCCGAGCUGCACAAGCGUGUGAUUCGUGCAGACAACGAAAAGCGAAAUGUGACGAAGGUCGACCAGAGUGUCAGCAUUGCAAGGACAAUGGUCUGAAAUGUACCUAUAGAGAGGUGCCUCCCCAGAAGUCGGAGAAACAGAUACUCAACAUCACCGACAAAUUGGAGACGAUGAGCGGAAAUAUCGAAAUGCUUAUUCAGAAUCAAAAGGCCCAAGCGGAGAAUAUCAAUCUAUUGCUGAACGCAUGGCAGCAGAAGCAGCAGUCCGAAACCGGCAAUGCGCCAACACCAGAUGACCACCUGGACAUUGCCUUGCGACGACACAAGCAGUCAACGCUCACCGACAACCCUAUCGAUCCAGCAUAUCCUUUCCGCAGAGGAGAGAGCUCGGAAACUCAGUCCACAAGACGGCCAGUCCAGGUGCAACCAAAACCUUCUACCGUGCAACAAGGACCAGAAGGAGAGAGGGAGAACUUCGAACUCACCUUACCGCCAAAGCACACUACAGCAGCUCAGAACCUCCUCAAUUGGCCUUCUAUCAAGAAAUUGAUUCCACCCAAGAUCACGGCAUCGUACGUCAUUGACGAAGAAACUGGAAGAGGAUUGUUGCGCCUCUAUGGCUCUGGCGAAGGGGAAGACAAGAAUGACGGCCAUGAGGGUGCUCCAAGCCCGGCUGGUAGUACUUCCUCGGAAGGUCGCCGCAUGGAUGAGGAAACGUCAUCCUCACCGCAUGGCGUUUGGGGUACUGGGCAGAUCCACCCGCUCACCCCGUCCUCGAUGCCCCAUAACUCUCAUACUGCACGGGACCAUCCAGGUGGUGUGAGCCCUCAUGGAGGCCUGAUGCUCGAUUCUGAUGCUGUCGACCGGUAUUUCCGAAGCUACAUGGACCAUAUGCAUAUUCUGCAUCCAUUCCUGGAGCCUAGAGUCAUCCGCCACAUGGUCCAUACUUUCAAGCGUAAAUACAGUUUGGAUGUCCGCAGCACGCCACAUACAGCUGCUACCAUUGGUACCAAGCGAAAGCGGGAGAUGACCGAGUCUCCCACUUCGAUGGACGAGCCGCAUGCAGCAAAUCAUGUCAAUAGCCGCACGCAAGCCAGGUUACUUUCCACUGGAGCACCUCUCAUCGAACAUUCGGUUGCAAAUGCCAUUGUGCUCCUGGUGAUAGCGCUGGGCAAGGUUUGUUCGCACCGUGAGCCGCUCCCAGGCCCAGCAAGCACCACCAGCAUGCGCACUUCUACCCCUCAUAGUGCUUUGUAUUCCGACUUGCCAAUGCCAAUGUCUGCGCCAACAUCACCAUUCAACACGCAGUCAAACUUGAACGGGACCAACAACAUCAGUGUUUCGAGCCCUGCAAACCCUCAAGGCAAGAACAUGGAUGCCAUCCCUGGACUGGCAUAUUUCGCAAAGGCGGCGGAUAUCCUGGGUGAACUCCCGGGUGGCACUGAUGUGUCGCAUAUUCAAGCCAAUCUUCUCGCAGGUUUGUACAUGGGUCAGCUUGCGCGCAUUCUGCCGAGUUACGAGUACAUCAUGAAGGCUUGCAUGGCUGCACAGAUUCUGAUAGAGUCGAGACCCUACAAAGAGCAGACGAUCAAACCCAACCGACGCAACCUGAUCAACUUCGCGUUCUGGUCAUGCCUGCAACUGGAGAGUGACAUUGCUGCGGAGCUGGAGCUACCCCUUAGCGGCAUUACCCGCUUUGAAAGCUCGCAGCACAAAGACAUGCCUACGAGUGUUACGCUGGAGCACGGUCUCGAUGGGACGUCGAACGCUAACGAGAUUGUGCGUUACUACCUGUACCAGAUCCAAUUGCGAAUGACGAUGAACAGUGUUCAUUCGACCCUGUAUCGGCAGUCGAAGGACCCCAGUACCAGGCCCAGCAUUACCAUCAUGGGGGUCUUGGAUGAGAACCUAGAAAACUGGAGAAGAAUUCUCAACAACUGGUCGUGGGACGACGACGACCACGAAAGCCCGGACAUCAAUGUGGCCCGGAUGAGGGGCAAGUAUUACGGAGGGAAAUACAUUGUCUGGCGACCAGCAGUUCAUUACGCUCUGUUGAUAAGCGAAGGGUUGCUGAAAGAUCACUCCGAUGAGUCGCCUGCAGCCUAUGGCAACUCGGAGCUCACGUCACCCUCCGUCCAGCACGCGAGCGUAGGCGACAACCAGCUCCAUCGCCAUGGCUCCGAUAUGCCCUAUAUCAGUCCCGAUCUCCUACAGGCGGCCAGAAUUUGUAUCCAAGCCGCGAUCCGUAGCACGACGUGUUUCGACAAGGUCCCUCGUCGUUUGAUUGUCACCAAUAUUUUUGGUACAGUACAUGCGCAAUUUGGUAAUAUGCUUGUGCUGUAUGCCACGUUCACGGCAAGGCAUCCUGGGUUGAGCUCGUUGGUGGACGAAUACACUUUGAAGCGUCUCCACGAUCGCACGAUCCGGAUCCUGAGAGAGAACGAAGCUAUAUCCCCCGUUCUAGCCAAGGAUCGCCAUAUCCUCGAGCAUGUCCGAGCCCAAGUGUUUGGGCCGGCAACAUCUUAUCCGGCCGUCAGCACGACGUCCAGCUUUUCCUCGAAUCGAUGAAUUUACGGGUGGCAAUUGUGUUAACAUAUGGAAAUCUGACCUAGGUUGCUUUUUCGAGACGAACCCUCCAAUUCGGCAGGUGGCAGUAUUGAAGCGUUUGGCAUGUAUAUGUCUGGCAUUUUUGGUCAUACCAUGGAGUUUUAUGAUAUAUUCGAAACGGCCGAUAUCAGGUGGCACCCGUUGUGUUGUGUCUCUUUGUGUUUUUAUUGCUAUUGUUGUGUGGAUGAAUGAUUACCUGGAUUGGUCCCCCAAGAGUGAGUUGGAGGCACCUCGAGGAGGAAUUUGGAGGUGUGCGUGGGAAUGGGAGAGGAUGUGGCAAAGAUUGACAUUGUUGCUGAUGAGAAGACAGAGGGUGAUCAAGAGAAGGGAGACAAUUGGGAUGCGAAACUAAGCAAGCCUUGGGAUACACCUUGGAAGGAAAGACUACUUAACUGUUGUGCAUCAUCUACGGCCUGUUUGAAUGACCACUUCUCAGAAACCCGGGUGAGGUCGACUAUACCCUCUGGUCGAAUAUCUCAGCAAAGAAUUUGUUGUCAUAUUUUGGGACUUUGUUUUCCUUGUAUGGGUUGGGUGAUCUAGGGGGGUUGCGAACCGGGGGGGGAUCAGAAUGAAUGGGCAAGGCGCAUGGCUUUACGAUGGUGGCUCUCGCCCACUUGUACAUUAUCAAACAUCAACAUCAUCGUCAACAUUUAUCAUCAUUAUAUUCCGGCUGGGUAAAGCUGUGCAGAUUCAUAUAUCUCUGU